AUGGACAAAUAUUUUGAAGGCAAAAGAAUAUUGGUUACGGGGGGUUGUUCAGGAAUUGGCAGAGGAGUUGUAUUAGAACUAUGGAAACUUGGCGCCGAUGUGGUUGCGCUAUCUCAUCAGGCCAAGAAUCUUGAAAAACUUAGGAGCGAGUAUCCAUCGAUAGAUAUUGCUUGCGUCGAUGUUCGCGACUGGGAUAAAACACGCAGAGUUGUCGAUUCAUUAGGAGUUUUCCACGGACUAGUUAAUUGCGCGGGAGUAGGUCUUAUGGAGCCCUUUUUAGAAUGUAAGCCGACAACUUUCGACGAAUCUAUAACAAUUAAUGCAAAAGCAAUUCUCAACAUAUCACAAGCAUCUAAGGCAGGAUUUAAGGAUCAUGUUGCCUAUUGCGCAUCUAAAGGCGCCGUAGAUGCAAUGACUCGAGUGAUGGCUGUAGAACUUGGACCAUACGGUAUACGUACCAAUACGGUGAACCCUACAGUCGUUUUGACCGAUUUAGGUCGUGAGGUGUGGGCCGAUCCCAAUAAAGCGCAAGAAAUGAAAUCGAAAAUUCCGCUCGGCAGGUUUUGUGAGGUGCAAGAAGUCGUAGACGCAGUAAUAUUCCUGCUGAGUGACAAAGCAAGCAUGAUAAAUGGAGCCCAAAUGCCAAUUGAUGGAGGAUUUCUUGCAACAUGA